UUUCUGGAAUAAAACACAUCACUCUACACACCCAUACCACUUUUUUCCCAUUUGAUGCAGUUUGGAAGAUUUUGUGUCAGACGGUAUCCACUCAACGGUAGCCGUAGGGGCAACAUUUCCAAGCCCAUAAAUGACUUUCCCCCACUUUUUAAACGUUGUGCAGAUGUGCCAUAGUCGAAUCAAACACUUCCCGCGUCUGUCACACCCCCGCCUACUUGUACUCAUUUAUUUCUGAAAACGGCAAUGAAGGCGGCACCGUGACGUCAUCGGCUGGCGACACCAUUUAUUCUGACAGCAGGCGGUUGAGCUUCCUUCGCUCGCUCAAUCAGCUAGGACUGCAAAACGCUUGUAAACAUUAGCUUUUUGGGAGUAAUAUUUGGGUUUUGCAAAAAAUGGUUCGAAUGUGUACAUUCCCAGGAUGCGAAAACAAGAUGACUAGAUGGACAUCCUUGUCUUUUCAUCGGCUUCCUCUGCAAAACCGAGAAGUAUUGAGACUGUGGCUUAUCGCAAUGAGAAUGGAUCCUAACAUCAGACCGCAGCGAUUGCGACGCGCUGAUCAUCGAGUUUGUAGUGCCCAUUUCUCUGCCGAUGAUUUUUGUCCACUAGAGGAAAUGAAACCUGGCCAAAAAUCUCAGUAUCGAAUUCUCAAGACCGGCGCUGUGCCUACGGCCACCGAACAACGCUCAGAGGAAACUACGGAAAGUGCCAGCAGUGGUUUCAGCCUUGCAGUGACCGAAUUAUCUUCACUUCCUCAGUCAACUCCUGAGAAAAGCCAACACGGUGCACUGGAGGAACCAUCAGGAUCUAGAGGGCCAUUUGACUCUGCAUUGAAUGUGCUUAUGACAAGCCCCCCCCAGACUACAACAACACCAAAAAGGCGUUCGUUAUCUGGGAAGUACUAUGCCUUGGCUCCCACGUGGUCGCAACCAUUGCUUUGUAUCCGUCGAUGGACUUCCCUGCUGUACCACAUCACUGGGGUGCAUCGAUGGGAAGAAGGGAGCAGUGAGCACACCUGUCUCCACCCCCCCUUGUCUGAUGAGGAGCAAGAGAGAGGGAGGCAACAGGCCACAACUAAAGCAGGUGAACUCUGUUGGUCCUUCCCAUAUUCCAGGCAGUCAGGGGAUUGAGUGUCAAAGCCCAUCUACCAGAAGACGACACAGACCUUCAGAAGGACCCUAAUUGAGCGUGCCUUGGAGAUGAGGGAUGAUGCUAGUAUAGCAUACACAGAGCAGUUCAAGAAGCCACGUUGCAAAAGACUGCUUCAGAAUAUUGCUCCAGUCGCCAGACUAGACAAAAACUUUUUAGUGGCUAGACGGACCAGUCGCUUUGGAGGAUUGAGAGCUAAGCCCUAUUAGACCCACUGACUUUUUCUUUGAAUCCAACACCCAAGGGUCUUCGGGGUCACCAUUUCACACUUCUCCAAAAUCAUCUAUAACUCAGAGUUUUGGCCUUGACGCUACAAACCUUGCAACUUCUAGUUUUCAAAUAUAUACUGAGAA